AUGGUGUCCCUCUGGCCAUGGAGAGGCCCUGAUAACUCUCCAGCGUCGUUUGAGAAGACGCUCGCAGGACUGUCUGAGAAGAUCGCACAGUCAAAUGGCAGCUUAGAGGUCCACAGGCAGCGUGCUCGCCGGUUCAAAGCACUAUGGACGCUAUAUACUACAUUUGCAUACAUAUUGUAUGCACUCAUUGCAGUACUGGUGCUAGGCUGGGAACAGUGGGGGCCUGUAGAGUACACAGCUCUCUCAGGUAGCCCAGUAGUAAUUUACACAGUUCGGCGGAUAGGCGCAGCAUUCUUCCAAUACCGAAUCACGAAGACACAGAAAUACCUAGAAGAACUGCAGAGGCAACGCGACGAGACUAUCGAGAAGCUGAAAGAAGCCACGAAAUAUAACUCUACGCUGCAGUUACUUGAAAAAUAUGGCGCAGAGCCUCCGAAAUCUACCUCUCCACAACAAGGUGCUGGCGUGGAAGGGAUGAAUCAGCAUGGAGGCUCAAAACGCAAUGGCCCCGGUUCUCGGACCUCUCUCCCAUCCUCCGGACAAACAACUAGAAUGACACCUCCUCCUACCGCUAAUAUUCGACGGCCACAACCUGGCGGGUCCCUCCCGUCCAGCCCUAUGAGUCAAGGACAUGGCCGGCCACCUGUGCCUACUCUAUCAAAUCCACCCAGUCCGGCUAGCUUACGGUUAGCACAAAUGCAACAGCAGGUACCGCAUCAACCUGUCGAUGAGCCAGGUUUCCACCCCAGUGCUUUCCCUCCAACCCAGCAUAUUGAACCCCGUCAGCCUCAGUGGUAUGACAGGAUACUUGAUGUUCUCCUCGGUGAAGAUGAAACGCUUCCAAAAAACCGCCUGGCACUAAUAUGUGCCCACUGCCGUUUGGUCAACGGACAAGCUGCACCUGGUAUUCGCACUUUAGAAGAAGUUGGCCGAUGGCGCUGUGUUGGGUGUGGGGGGUGGAAUGGUGAGGAGAAGAAGGCUACUGCUGCUCAUGAUAUGCUUCGCAAAGAACAUAUCCGUAGUCGGAGUGAGAGUAUGCCUCAGAGACCAUCGCAGCCAGUGGUAGUGGUACAGCCCUCGACCCCCACAGAUGCUGACAGCCCUGGGAACAAAUUUGACCGCAAGAUGAGCGUAAGUAGCGAGCCACAUGCUGGGGUCGUUUUGUCUGCAGGUGAAGACGCAGACUGGAGUAGCGAUGCAGAACCGGAACCAGGGCAAAAGGGCCCGUCAAAUAUCAAAGAGGAGCAGUCUAGCUAA